AUGAAGCACUGUCCUUCCAUCAUGAGCCCCCGCACUGCGGGCCUGACCCAGCGCAAGGACUACCGGACAAAAGCCCAAGACACACAGUUAAAAGCCCAUGGCACACUCGUGAAAGGAGCUGCAGCACGGAAAUACGGAGAAAAAAGGCCGAAAUGCGAGAAAAACAGGCCAAGUCUCAUGGAGCAUGGAGAAAAAGCUAACCAAAAUAUUGAAAGCAUAAACAACAGUAACAGAAAGCAGGGGUACAUCCUAGCUUGUGUCUGGACUCUGUGUUCUUGGGUCUUUUGGUCCUCUCUUUGUCCACCAGGACACCCACCCUCACCACCAGUGGUAAACACCAUACAUGGCAAAGUCCUGGGGAAGUAUGUCAGCUUAGAAGGAUUCACACAGCCUGUGGCCGUCUUCUUGGGAGUCCCCUUUGCCAAGCCUCCUCUUGGAUCCCUGAGGUUUGCUCCACCACAGCCUGCAGAGCCCUGGAAUUUCGUGAAGAAUGCCACCUCCUACCCUCCUAUGUGCUCCCAAGACCCAGCGGGAGGGCAGCUGCUCUCAGCACUCUUCACCAACAGAAAGGAGAGCAUCCCUCUCCAGUUUUCUGAAGACUGUCUCUACCUAAACAUUUAUACUCCUGCCAACCUGACAAAAAACACAAGGCUGCCGGUGAUGGUGUGGAUCCAUGGAGGUGGAGUGGUGGAUGGGGCGUCCACCUACGAUGGACUGCCCCUCUCGGCUCAUGAAAAUGUGGUUGUAGUGACCAUUCAGUACCGCCUGGGCAUCUGGGGUUUGUUCAGCACAGGCGAUGAACACAGCCGGGGGAACUGGGGUCAUUUGGACCAGAUAGCUGCACUGCACUGGGUCCAGGACAACAUUGCCAACUUUGGAGGAGAUCCAAGCUCUGUGACCAUCUUUGGAGAGUCAGCAGGAGGUUUCAGUGUCUCUGUUCUUGUGUUGUCUCCCCUGGCCAAGAACCUCUUCCACAGGGCCAUUUCCCAGAGCAGUGUGGCCCUUAAUCCUUGCCUGUAUGGGAGAGAUGCCAGGCCCCUAGCAAAGAAAGUGGCUGCUGUGGCUGGCUGUAAAACCACCACCUCAGCCGUCAUGGUUCACUGCCUGCGCCAGAAGACAGAGGAUGAGCUCUUGGAGGUCGCUCAGAAAAUGAAGUUUGGUUCUCUUGAUUUUGUUGGAGACCCCAGAGAGAGCUACUUUUUGCUUCCCACUGUGAUUGAUGGAGUGGUGCUGCCAAAGGCACCAGAAGAGAUCCUGGCUGAGAAGAGUUUCAACACUGUGCCCUACAUGGUGGGCAUCACCAAGAAAGAGUUUGGCUGGAGCAUGCCUAUGAUGAUAGGCUUUCCACUUUCCGAAGACAAAAUGGACGAGAAGAGGAUCGCUUCCCUUCUUUGGCAGUCUUUCCCGAUCCUUAACAUCUCUGAGAGUCUGAUUCCAGCUGCCAUUGAGAAGUAUAUAUCAGGGGCAGACAACCUCAUCGGAAAGAAAGACCUUCUCCAGGACUUAAUGGGAGACGUGAUGUUUGGUGCACCAUCUGUGAUUGUGUCCCGUGGCCACAGAGAUGCUGGAGCCCCUACCUACAUGUAUGAGUUUCAAUAUCGGCCAAGCUUUGUAUCAGAAAUGAGACCCAAGACAGUGAAAGGAGACCAUGGUGAUGAUCUCUUCUCUGUAUUGGGAGCCCCCUUUUUAAAAGAUGGCGCCUCUGAAGAGGAGAUCAAUCUCAGCAGGAUGGUGAUGAAAUUCUGGGCCAACUUUGCUCGGAAUGGGAACCCCAAUGGGGAAGGGCUGCCCCAUUGGCCACAAUAUGACCAGAAGGAAGGGUACCUGCAGAUUGGAGUCCCAACACAGGCAGCUCAUGGGCUGAAAGUCAAGGAAGUGGCCUUUUGGACUGAGCUCAGGGCCAAAGAGGCAGCAGAGAGGUCAACUCAGAGGAAGCAUGUUGAGCUCUGAUCAGGAGGCCCAGCCAGAUUUCAGAGCCUGGAGCCAGCUAUAGGGAUAUUCCACAGAAGUUGUUUCCAAAUAAAAGCAUCCUAUUUUUGAGGACAUAGACACAUGUGGGAUGCUAUAUAAACACAAUGGAAAAAGA